GUGGUGUCCUGACUGCAAUGAAACCCUUCUAGCCUAUUUUAAGCUGUCAAGCACUUUUAACACAGACCUCUCUUACCUCUUGCUUAUCUCCUUUGCAUCCCAAAGUACAAUUUCAUUGUAUUUGAGGUCUAAGAUUUUUCUUUGGAAACUUAUCUCCAGUGUCUCUGUGGAAAUAAAGAAUAUUAGAAAAAUUCACUAUGAAAUUUUAUAUGUCUCUUCUGAGAAAUGCAUGUUUUAUAAGUUGCAGAGUACUGACAUUUUCUGGGCAUAUUUUCAGAGAUGGAAUCUUGUAGUUACUGUUUUAAUAACUAUGUCCCAAUUAUUUAUAGCUUCCUGCCUGACAUAACUUGCUUCAAGAAGUGCACAAUGUCAGAACGUGGAAUUAAGUGGGCUUGUGAAUAUUGUACGUAUGAAAAUUGGCCAUCUGCAAUCAAGUGUACUAUGUGUCGUGCCCAAAGACCCAGUGGAACAAUUAUCACAGAAGAUCCGUUUAAAAGCGGUUCAAGCGAUGUUGGUAGAGAUUGGGCUCCUUCUGGCACAGAAGGAGGAAGUAGUCCUUUGAUAUGUCCAGACUCUAGUGCAAGACCGAGGGUGAAGUCCUCCUAUAGCAUGGAAAAUGCCAACAAAUGGUCAUGCCACAUGUGCACCUACUUGAACUGGCCAAGAGCAAUCAGGUGUACCCAGUGCUUAUCCCAGCGUCGGACCCGGAGUCCUACAGAAUCCCCUCAUUCCUCGGGAUCUGGCUCAAGACCCGUUGCUUUUUCCGUGGAUCCUUGUGAGGAGUACAAUGAUAGGAAUAAACUGAACACAGGGAGCCAGCAUUGGACUUGUUCUGUUUGUACCUAUGAAAACUGGGCCAAGGCGAACAAAUGUGUUGUUUGUGAUCAUCCCAGACCUAAUAACAUUGAAGCAAUUGAAUUGGCAGAGACUGAAGAGGCGUCUUCCAUAAUAAAUGAGCAGGACCGAGCACGAUGGAGGGGCAGCUGCAGCAGUGCUCACAGCCAAAGACGAUCGCCUCCUACCAUGAAACGGGACUCUGAAAUGAAAAUGGAUUUUCAGAGAAUUGAGUUGGCUGGUGCUGUUGGCAGUAAGGAAGAGCUUGAUGUGGACUUCAAAAAACUAAAGCAGAUCAAAAACAGGAUGAAAAAGACCGACUGGCUAUUCCUCAAUGCUUGUGUGGGGGUUGUGGAAGGUGACCUAGCUGCUAUUGAGGCGUACAAGUCCUCAGGAGGAGACAUUGCUCGUCAGCUCACUGCAGACGAAGUGCGCCUGCUGAACCGCCCGUCUGCGUUUGAUGUCGGCUACACGCUUGUGCAUUUGGCCAUCCGCUUUCAGAGGCAGGAUAUGCUUGCCAUACUGCUUACGGAGGUGUCUCAACAAGCAGCCAAGUGGAUUCCAGCCAUGGUGUGUCCAGAACUGACGGAGCAGAUACGCCGAGAGAUAGCUGCCUCUCUCCAUCAGAGGAAGGGCGACUUUGCUUGCUAUUUUCUAACUGACCUUGUAACAUUUACCUUGCCAGCAGAUAUCGAAGACUUGCCCCCAACAGUCCAAGAAAAAUUAUUUGAUGAGGUGCUUGAUAGAGAUGUACAAAAAGAGUUAGAAGAAGAAUCUCCAAUUAUAAACUGGUCAUUGGAAUUGGCCACACGCUUGGACAGUAGGCUGUAUGCACUGUGGAAUCGGACAGCAGGAGACUGUUUACUUGACUCUGUGCUACAAGCCACCUGGGGCAUUUAUGACAAGGACUCAGUGCUUCGCAAAGCCCUUCAUGACAGCCUGCAUGACUGUUCACAUUGGUUUUAUACACGCUGGAAAGAUUGGGAGUCGUGGUAUUCUCAGAGCUUUGGUUUACAUUUCUCCUUGAGGGAAGAACAGUGGCAAGAAGACUGGGCCUUCAUCCUCUCUCUUGCCAGCCAGCCUGGAGCCAGUUUGGAGCAGACACACAUUUUUGUACUUGCGCAUAUUCUAAGACGACCAAUUAUAGUUUAUGGAGUGAAAUAUUAUAAGAGUUUCCGAGGCGAAACUUUAGGCUAUACCCGGUUUCAAGGUGUGUAUCUGCCUCUGUUGUGGGAACAGAGUUUUUGUUGGAAAAGCCCCAUUGCUCUGGGCUACACUAGGGGCCACUUCUCUGCUUUGGUUGCCAUGGAAACUGAUGGCUAUGGCAGCCGAGGGGCUGGUGCUCACCUGAACACGGAUGAUGAUGUCACCAUUACCUUUCUGCCUCUGGUUGACAGUGAGAGGAAGCUGCUCCAUGUGCACUUCCUGUCCGCUCAGGAGCUUGGCAACGAGGAGCAGCGGGAAAAGCUGCUCAGGCAGUGGCUGGACUGCUGUGUGACCGAGGGAGGGGCUCUCGUCGCCUUGCAGAAAAGCUCCCGCAGGCGCAAUCACCCCCUAGUCACCCAGAUGGUAGAAAAAUGGCUUGACCGCUACCGACAAAUCCGGCCCUGCACGUCCCUGUCAGAUGGAGAGGAAGACGAGGAUGAUGAAGACGAAUGA